UGGAGAUCGGCCAGGCUGAAGCAUGAGCUUCAUUCUCCAAGGCAGCUGAAAAGAAGGCGGCGCAUUACGGUGCAGACAGAAAAAAACAACCCUCCCCAGCUAUGGAAGACAGGAAGGAUAACUCUGCCAAGCUGAGCAAAAGCAAGCAGCCUGUGAAAACAGAGUGGGGGGCCCAAUACGUAGUGUUUACUUACUUCCAAGGAGACAUUAACAGUGUGGUGGAUGAACACUUCUCCAGAGCAUUGAGCACAACCAAAAUCCCCCAAGAUCUGAGCAGAAAGAACAGCGGGGAAGAUAUGAUGGUCAAAACCGAAAGCCACAUGCCUCCCCAACAGUGGAAUUUUUCGCCCCAGUGGGUGAAGCCGUAUCAGGCAUCGUCUCCAUUGAAUCCGUCCGGCUCUGAUGCGAAUCCAGCCACAGUGGUGACCGAUCCCUAUCAGUCUCCUGUUCUCCAGGGUGUUCCUCCUUCCACGAUGGAGCUGUGGCAUUUGCCUUCGGGAAGAAAUCCAAAUUUGACUGCCGCUUCAGGCUACUCUCCUUCUAUGCCUGACCUGCCUCUGGCACAGGGCACCGUCUCAGAUGGAAAAUACGGGUCGCUGCUUGGCCUCUUGCAACAGGAGAGAUGUCCCUCUUCCGUCCAGGAGCCUCUGGAUUCUGGAUCCACUUGUUUUACCAGCUCCGCGAGAUUACAAAACAUGAGCCAGAGUUUAACUGCUGCGGGAGGCAUCCCACCGAAUGACAGAAGAAGAGAUUUGUUCUUUUAGAAAACGGACAUUUUAUUUGUUCCCACAAAAAGGACUACUUUUUUUUAAAGGACAGAAUUGCAUCUGUGAUUAAGAAAAACUGAGGAAGAUCAAGAAAAUAUUCUUGGCCUCCUCCAAACACACAAUCACUUGCUUAUUUCCAGAUAGAUAUUUGCAUGCUUUUUCAAAUAUAUACGCUGAGAUACAACUUCUUCGGUAUUUUGAUUUUUGUCUUGUGCUGGCCUUCUCAACAACCCAGUUUUGACCUUUCUGGCCUAGAGAAAAAGCCCUUCGUCCUUGUUCAUAAUGACCAGUGUCGUGUUUUUUCGGAGGUUGCGAUGACAGAUUGUUUCCAGCGGAGCAAGACAUGGGAGUCCAGAACCUGAGAACAAAGUAAACACUUAGGAGGUGGAUUGCUGAAGACCGAGAGGCCUGCCAAGUGGGGCAGCAAGGAUGAUGGGCCUUGCAGUUGUUGUGUCAUAAAGUUAAGAUCCAGUUGUGAACUUUGCUAUUCAACAGGGUGAAAUUGAGAGUUUCUUAUCCUAUCUCCUCCAUUCUAUUACAGAUGGAGUCUUCCUUAUCUGAAAUACUUGGCAACAGAGGUGUUUUGGAUCCCCCCCCCCAAUUUUUGUUUAGUAUUUGCAUAUACAUAAUUUCUCUUGGAGAUGGACCUGAGACUUGUAGGGUAGUUUAAAUUUGCCAAGGCUUCAGCCUUUGGUAAGGAAACAAAAAUAUUUAAAUAUGAAAACUAUCAAAGCCAAGCCUGUUUAGGUCUAGUUUUAAACUGGCAGAGUAGCAAAAAUGUGCCUUUGUCUAGCUAUGCUUCCCUAAGAAGUGAGACUGACUCCAAAAACAACACAAGCAACAUGUAGUUAAAAACAAAAGUUUACG